UAAGAAAGUCGAAUUAUUGCGCAGUGCGCACAUCGAAUUUCAUCUCCAGUUAGUAAUAAUCGAAUUUGAAAUGACGACUGAAAUGCAGAAAAAAAUUCCAGACGCAAAAAAAACCGAAUAAAAAAUAUUAAUUGUUUGAGAGAGUUUAGAAUCGCACACCAAAAAGACUAUAUAAAACGGCCUUUAAUAUCAAAUGUUCUCAUAGUUUGGGUUGAACCAUUUUUGAAACUCAAGUCGUCUCCGUUAAGCGUAAAAAUGUUUAAUCAAAAACUUAUAAUUUUAAUAGUGGUUGGAGCUUUUAUCACGCAAAUUAGUGAGGCGGCUCCAAAACAAAGUGAAAUCGAAUGGCCCAAAUUCAAUGCAAGUGAUAGUGACGGAAACGAAUUAGUUGAAUAUCGCAUUGGAUGGCUACCCAAAGCAAAAUAUCAAGAAGCAUUGGACUUAAUGGCCGAAUACAUGUACAGAGAAAAUCCAUUUGUUGUGGCAUUCGAUUGGGGCGAUGAUGCCGAUGUUCUUAAUAAUCAUUUAUCUGGCUGGAGUGCGCAUCUUGACAAGGGCAUUUCGGUGGCUUGCUUCAAAAACAGUUCAGACGAACUGAUUGGAGUAAAUAUAUUGUAUAUAGAAGAACUUAAUCAAGACUAUGUAGAUCCUGAAAAACCUGUUACUUAUCCAAAAGAUAUUCCAAGUAAAUUUAGAAAUUUGAUGAAGCUAACACACGAACUACAUACUGUGCAGAGAUUCAAUGUAUUUGAAAAGUAUGGUGUCAAACGAUAUUUGUCAAGUGAUGGACUUGUUGUACGACCAGAAUAUCGACAUCGUGGAAUUGCGUCACAACUUCUUGGUGUUCGAAAAAUGAUUUGUGCGAAAUACAAUUUAAAGUUGACAUCGACCGUUUUCACAUCAGACGCUUCAAAUGCACUAGCUGUCAAGAUGGGUUAUGAAUUAGACACAUUUAAAAUGUAUGCAGACAUUUUUUCAAAACUUCCAGAGCAAUAUAACGUCAAUAUGACGGAAAAACCAGAAAUGUUUUCACGAAGAUCAAUUAAAUUUUUUAACUGAGUAUUUUUGUUAAUAAAUUUUACAAUUUUAAUAGCACUGAUGAAUUGAUUUGAAUAAAGUUGAUGAAAUUGA